CGACCAGUGUGAGAAUGCGCGCCUGCAUUCCGGCGCGGAGAAACCUGUCCUCAUUUAAUUUAAAGGGGAGGAGUCUUGGUCUGAGAGACUACACGCUGCUAUACAGGGAUGCGCGAGUGACGACCCCCAUUCCUGCAGUGCGACACGCAGUCCUUACCCUGUAUGUAACACAAUGGCUGGAUCGUCCAUCUGCGAAAGCGUGAGCACCAAUGAAUCCUGUGUUUGUAACUCUUCCGUCUUGAACGAAUGUCUUUGGGAGCCCGAAGUUCCCUACAGUAUUGCACUCGUCGUCAUUCUCGCCUUUUCCUACAUCGUGAUAUUCUUCCUGGCUUUUUGUUGGAAUACCUUCGUAAUUUCGGUAUUUAUGAAAGAUAGGUAUCUUUUGCAGGAGCCAUCAUCACUUUUUCUGUUCCUGUUUGCCGUUGUUGAUGUUUUACAAACAAUUUUAGCAAUUCCUUUCUAUGUAGCUGCCAUUAUUGGUGGUGGUUGGAUAUUUGGGAGUACUGACACCAUCAGGGAAGGGGUGUGCAUUGCAGUUGCUUUUCUUUUUUGUAUGUUUUUGUUUAUGACAGUUCAUUUACUGGCAGUGAUAGCAUUUGACAGAUAUUUGUUCAUUGUACACCCUCUGAAGUACCGACAGUGGAUGAGUCUUCCCAAGGCUGUGUGCCUGGUGUCCUUGGUUUCUAUUGUUCCUCUUAUUCUUGCUUCCUUGCCAUUCUUUGGCUUCGGUAGACUGGGUUACUCCCCAGUCGUUGGUGUGUGCGUAUUCAGGUGGGAAGGUGAACGUCCCUACGUCAUAACUGUAGCUGCAGAGGCAAUGCUACCAAUUAUUGCUACUGUAGUAUUUACACUCUGGACAUACAUACAUGUAAAACGGUUUUUAAACAGGAGGCACAUCCGUCAAAUGUCUAUUGAUAUGACUACUGUAAAAAAUCAACGCGUACAGAGAACACUAACAAGGACGUUCGUACUUUUGCUGAUAUCUCAAGCAGUGUGCUUUACUCCUGGAAUCAUCACAGCAUUUGUUGGAUUCUUUGUGGAGUACAGAAAUAUUCCAUCAACCGUUUUCGUUAUUGAUUUCUUGAUAAUUGUGUCUAGUGUUGCAAUUAAUCCGAUCAUUCAAACACUUUCUCGAAGCCAUUUCCGCAAUUAUUUAACCCUACUAUUUCACAAACUAAGAUGUCAACAAAGGGAGUUGACACCUGCAAUUGAACAAUGUAUUGAGAGCAGAACAAGUAAUGGUGAAGGAUGUAUAACAGAAUUGUCCAGUACUUCUAUAGUGAACACUAACCAAGUACCAUUUCAAGCAGAUAACAUAACUGCAUCAACACAAUUUAUAGAGUGUUACGAUAUAGACCCAAUUCAUGGGACCUUAGUAUAAGGUUUUCAGCGAGGUUUCUCACCUCCCCACUGCAUUGGGUCUGAUGGAAAGCCAGGUGACGAGGAACCAAGAGGAGAACGAGACAUUGGCCCUCAACCCUGGGGGAUGAGUGCUGACACAGGGGUUGCAUUUUGCCUAUCAAGACCAGGGAUGAAGCCCCCCCCACACAGGGAAAUCACUCAUCACCCUUCCGACAUACAGGAAUUGAAGUGUCGUAGCACAUUCACUACUUUGUAUACACUACAAAGUAACACAGUAAUAUUACAUACACAUAAUCGGUAAGCUAAUAAUGUCGUACCUGUUGUGUAAAUCAACGAAGUCAGAAAUUUGCACACAUGUCCAUUCAU